GUCAGACGAACUAUUUAUUCUUGAAUAGCACGACAGCUGGUUGAGUAGUUGUAUUUCUGCUUAUCAACGAGAAAUAAAAGUUCUUCUAAUUUAAUAUUGAAUUAUAUUGCUGGAAAAUGAGAAUUUUGAUGAAAUAAACUUCGGAGAGAUAUAAAUGAAAUUAUAUUUACAGUGACAAGAUGAGUGUUCAGAAUGAAACAUCAAAUGAGCCGAUACUGUACGAACUAUUGGAAUACUUCGUACGAGAGCAGGAGCCAGAAUUAAUAAAGUGCAAAAACGACACAGUUGUUUUGCCAGCUACUGGUACAAUAAAAAAUGCUCUGAGAUACUUAAACAAUAGGUAUUCCUUACCUGAGAGCAUUGCUCAUCAAGUCAGUCUCACACUAUCCUGGAAAUUUGCUGUUGGAGAUCAUGGUCGUGUGCUUGCCAUUUUACAGGAAAAUGUUGUUGAGAUACGAAAGGCCAAAGAUGAAUAUUCCUCCAUAGUAGGCAAAACAUCAGCCCCAAAAGAUGCAUUUCCACAAUGGCGUAAACUUGCAUGGAGUCCUGAUGGAAUGAUCUUAGUGCUAGCAUCCAGCACUGGUUAUACAUCCUUCUACAAUAUAUUAGGAAAUAACAUCUUCAACAUAAGUCCAAAAACAGUUUCACAGAAUCCUUGCAUUUUGGAAGCUGGUGAUGCAAUAGCAUCCAUGUUAUUUCUUAAACCAAAUGCAAAAAACGAGAAAUGGACUUAUGAGUUUAUUUUAAUUACAUAUAGUGGACUGGUCAGAUCUUAUUACAUUUCUACGACAGGCUUCAGUGCAAAUUAUGACUUUUCUUUUGGCAAUUUUUACAAAAACGGCAUCAAUGCUGUUGUUUAUGAUGAGAAGCGCCAUUUGUUUUAUGUUGCUGGAAAUACAAUCACACAAAAAUUGACAUCCACCGCAUUAGAAUCUGGAUUAACUUCAUGGCGACCCUUGAAUGACUAUCCAUACUGUAAAUUAUCAUUCGCAUUUGAAGACUCAACGAACAACACAUCACGAUUUUCUAUUUGGAAUUUAAUUCCCAGCUUUGGCUUUCAACCAGAGUCAAUUAUAUUCACGAUAAAAAUCGCACCCAACGGCGAGUCUCUGAUAUGCUUGCAUACAGAUGGCUCAGUUUCGCUAUGGGGAUUACCAAACUUGGUAUUACGAAGGAAGUGGAAAUUGACGGAGCAGCCUGAGCAUAAUAUACCUAAUCCUUUAGGAUCAAAGUGUAAAAAGUUUCCACCAGGCUUUACGGAAUUUCAUCCAAUAGAUAUUGGCUGGUGGUCCGAUCAAGCUAUUAUAAUAGCUCGAUAUUCAGGGUCCACUUCAGUUUGUUCUAUAUGGAACUUGAAGAAUUUACUGGGCAUUAGUCCAGAAUUCUUAAUGGGACAACCACAAAUUUGUGAAUUGGGCUCAGGAAAAGGAUUCUUAUGUUUAGAUUGUGAGACCUUCAUUACAAGUAAAAAACGAAGCAGAGAACCUAGCGAUAGUCAUUUACCAGAAGCAUCGUCGGAAAGUGAGAAGGACGAUGACGAACUGGAGCCUAUCACAAUAUUAAAUUACACCACGAACCUGGUUCAAAGUACUCUGUAUUCGAUAACUGAUAUCGAAAGGUUUCAACCAAAGAGAAAAAAAUCUAAAGUAUUACGUCGUACUUAUAGAAUUUUGGGGUUAAAAAGUACGACACCGGAAGAGCUUUAUUCUAGAAAAAUAGACAUUGAAGAAUAUGAGGAAGCCUUGGCUCUAGCGAACACGUACAAUUUGGACACGGAUCUCGUGUAUCAAACGCAAUGGAGGAAAUCAAAAUUAUCCUUGAAUGCUAUCGCAGAGCAUUUGAGUAAAGUAAGCAAAAGAUCUUGGGUUCUGAAUGAAUGUAUUAUGCGCGUUCCCGAUACCAUGGAAGCCGCGAGAGAACUGUUGAAUUUUGGACUGAGAGGUGCUAACUUGGAAACUCUAAUAGCGAUCGAUAUUUGUGAUAACGAUAAAUUCGUGAUUUCCGAUGCAGAAGACGAUUGGCAAGCGUUGGAUGAAAACUCUGCGACUUUACGACAGAUACAGAAGGUAAACGAAAUGGUCGAGCAGGUAGACAUAAAUAACUUGUCAGAAGCUCAAAAAAAUUUAAUCAAGUAUCGAAGGAAGCUCUUAAGUCAUUUGGAUAAAUUGCUCACAUAUGAGGUCAUGCUGCAACCAUCUUUGCAAUAUGAAAAGGAAUUUUACGAGGAAUUUCGAAGUUUAUCAGCCGUUGAAAAUGCAAUCAGAUUUGCCAAAGAUGGAGAUUGCCGAGGUGUUGAAAUUAUGUUUACCUAUUAUGGGGAAAGUUUGAUGCCUCAUUGGCUAGCGAUCAUUAGCUUCUUCCCGGAAACGUUGAAUCCGUUGGAUUACCAGAAGCUCUUACCAAAAUGCGAUUCUGAGGGUCAAUUGUUCUUAUUGGAUCAAUGUGAGUUGCGACAAAAAGAUUGGUCAGAAAAGCUUGAAUUUAAUGAAAUAGUAAACUUGGAUGUGGACGGUCGAUCGGAAAUAUUGUACGAAUUAGAUCCUUCGUUAUUAAUAUAUAGAAACACGCAACUUACUCCGGAGUUAUUACAGAAAUGGUAUAAAAUGCGUGCUUAUGAAAUCGAGAAGAACAGCUCGAUGGUAGAUAAUGCUCUGCAAUUAAUUAAAAUCGCAAAAUCUCAUAACAUUAAUGGUAUGGAGGACUUAUUGUUGGAUUUGGAGACGUUGGACGAUCUCGUGUACAAGGUCUAUCUGGAAGACAUAUCGUUAUAUGAGUUGGAGAAAUUGAUAAACGGAGAAAAGAUAAAACUCUUAAUGAGCACGUCGACCGAAUUAAACUUUGUUGAAAACAUAAGGAAUCUCUUGUUGCCGUAUAUCAAGCGGAAACAUCAGUAUUUGGAUGGAGAUCUCGAGAAGCAUUUACUGAGCGAUUAUCUAAUUUGCUUGAGCAAAGAAGACCUUGUGCUUCCGGUUAAAUUGUUCAGACACUUAAAACAGACGCAGGAAGCGGAGAUAAUGCAAAUGAUAGACGACAUCGCGGUCCUAGCUUUAAAUUGUAUAUGCGCCUGUGACGAUUCCGAUAUGUAUGAAAAAGCGAUGGAAAUCUUAGACUCGUUACCAAAAAAUUACGACGGACAUAACAGAAAGAACGCGACGGACAGCUCAUUAAGGGACAUUGGAGAAGAGCUUCGCAAGCUUAGAGAUGAACUCUAUUGUACUAGAGUCCUAAGCAAAUACGAUGUGAAAACAACGUUGAAGUUUAUACGGGAGCAUAAGAGUAAUCCUGUCGUUGUUGAAUCGUUAUUCACUCAAAUAGCGAGGAGCUUAAAUAAUCAAUUUCCACCUUCAAAUGAGAACGAAUGGCCACAAUUGUUACAUGAUAUGUUGAUCUUACGCGGUAUGCUCCCCUGCAUCGAUGUCGAUAUCUGUUUUGAGAUAUACGUUUCUGCUCGUUUAGUCUCAGGGAUUAAAAGCAUUAUCCAGAAUUGCACCACUUUGAUAGAAACCAAGAGGAAUGAAAAAUCGACAGUAAGAGUGGCCUAUGAGAGAGCAGUUAAUUUGAUAUUAGAAGCUACGAAGGAAUAUUUUAACGGUUCCAAAGCGCUUAACGAUCCAAAUAUGGAAUUAGCUAAAGCUUGUCUUCUUCUUAUCGGAGAUGACAACGCGAAAAUCAAAGAGGAAUACGACCUCAUUAAAUCACUCCAAAUUUUAAAUGAGUUCAACGUUGAUAUGUUGCCUCUUCAAGUUAGAUUAACAGUAGAUAGACUAACUCUUAUCGAACGCUGUUUAAAUAAUCAGAAAGACGCUUAUAAAAGUCAGCAAAGGCUAUUAACGUUGGCAGCUUAUUUACGAAUUGAAGGUGAUAACAAUAGACUCCGUGAAGGAAAAGUUUUAGAACUAAUAGCCAAGAAGGCACUUGAGACUGAAAAUUAUAAUACAUGUGCUGCAAUAUGCAUGCAAUUAACACAAAAUAAUUAUCUUCCUGCUUGGGAAAUUUGUUUGAAUCUGGGGCGUUGUGAAAAUUAUCAGGAUUUAAAAGUCAGGCAAAAAUGCUUGUGGUUUGCGAUAAAUAAUGGCCCGAGUGAUAUUCUGGGUAAUGCCUUAGAACAUAUGCACUUGAUAGAGAUACAAAUUCUACAUAAAAAUCUGGAAUUGUUGAUGCCAUCUGUCGAAUUUGAGGGUUCCCGAGAUGAGGAGAGUGACGAAAGUGAUGAUCAUUUUACGGACGCUAUGACAACGCCGCAAGUGGAGGUGAAGGAAUUUGUUCCGAAAAUGUUGGAAACUUCCACAGAGAUUGUCAAGAGCUCAGCCAACAUCAUGAAGAAAUCUACGUUUCGGUUAAUAAAGAAUAUCAGCGACACCAGCUUUUGGAAGUCUAGAUUGAGGUUCAAUUUCGCGAACGAUUUGGAAGCGGACGAACAAUACGAGGACGCGGAAGCGCAAAAUGAGGUCAGUGAGGACGCAAAUCGUCAGAGUUUCCCGCGUUACUACGAAUCCUUACAUGGAUCAUGUAGGAUAAGUGUUAAUGAGGCGAGAUACAAUAAGUACUCUAUGCCGGACAUACAAAAUACAAAGCUAAAAUGUUGCCGUGCCCUUUUGAGAAUAACUAUGCUGAGUGAAUCUUCCUGCUAUGGGCUGGAAGUAAGCGACAUCGAUCAUUUACUCUUGGAAUGUGCGAAGCAUACUAUACAAGAUGACUGGUUGUUAGGCAUGUCGUAUUUAUUAAGUUUAAACAAAGAUCACAUCGUGGAUGUUCAAGAGAUCUUCACGAAUUUACCGCGAAGUGAGCUGUACAUACAAACUGCACUCUAUUACUAUUCGUUGAAAUUGUAUAAAAGAUUGUACACUGAUUGUGAGAAGCUAUAUUUGUACAGUCCAUUAGAUUUAAUAAGGAAGAUGAUGGUUGCGGCUCGAACGAUCGAAGAAUGCGACAUCGUCGAAGCGUUGCAAUACUGGCAAAGUUAUCUGCUCGGUGGUGCGCAGAUUGCUAAAACGGGAGAAAUGGAGAUGAAAUGUAUGAGCGCGCUAGAGAUAGAAUCACAUAGCACCUGCGUACGUCCCGACGAAACUGCCAAGGUUUCAGAAUUUAUAAUUGAAGAACAAGAAUUCGCGGAACACACCGAUAUUAAUGAUAUUUCGGACGCAAACUCCGACGAAGAUGAGGAACCAAUAAGUGCUACUGUCUCAAGUGAGAUCGAUAUCUCGGAUGUUAACAACACACUGGUCGGAAAUUUCAGUGAAAAUGGAGAUCUAAAGAAAGCCAGCGUCUCGGAUGAGAUUGAUACCAUGGAAUGGACAGAUGAUUGGGGUGAUUUCUCUGAAGAUAAUGUGGAAGCAAUCAGUGACAUGGAGGUUGGACCUAAAUCCGAAGAAAUAGAGAGAAAUCAGGAAGAAACUGUAUCUUCUCUUUCUCCCGAUCAUGACAUCGAUCAGUGUGUCACGGAGGAAGAUCGUUUCAAAUUAUUCCAAAGACUAUUGAGUGAAAUCAACGAUUUGGAGCAAUAUAGAGAACUGAAGAAAAUAAUGACCGAAUGGCCGAUAUUCAAUAUGCCGGAUCAUAUCAAAUUAGAUAAUCAUCCGAUUCUAAAAAUGAUGAAAACGAUUAUUCCGUUAAUCGCGAAUACGAAUACGACGGAUUUCGAAAAGAGGAUAUUACAAGAGCACGAAGAACUUAUCGGAUUGUUGGCGUCUAAAGAGAUACUCAAGGAGUUUGUAGAGGCCGAACAGGAUCACAUCAGUUUUGAAGAAGGCCUUUACAUAAGAUUAUGUUCUGAGGACGUGUCUAUGUAUAGAGAGGCAGUGGAUCUUAUCAAACAACAACAGGCCAUCACGUUACCGCCAUUGGUGCUGGAGAAACUUUUUCUGAACGAUCUAACAGCAUCGUUUCCACCGGAUCACGUUGUAUACGGGCAGAUAAUCGAGCACGUCUUCGUGAAUGAAUCUUUGGCCGGCAUCGAGGAAAAUGCAAGAUUGCUCAUACAGGAAUUGAAGAAACAGAAAUACACAUUGGAGGCUCUGAACAUUAUAAGAUUGAUGGAGAGAAUUCCGACGGCCUUGUGCACAUUUGACACUUGUUUCCAGCUAUUACUGGAGGAAUAAUGAGUGUUUAUUUCAGCUGUGAGAAAAAACUGUGAUUUACGUUGUCAAGUUUACUUUGGACGAUCUGCAAUCUGCGAACUGUGAAUUUGGGAUCGGGUUCUAUUUGUAAAAAAAAUAUACAUGUAUAUCUUGAAGUGCUUAUAUGUAAAAGAUUGACGCUCAAAUGAUGCUCUAUCGCGAAUUACAGAUCGUCCGGAUUGGAUUGUACAUAAGAAGUUAUUCCGAAAAGAAUGUUUUUUAUUAUUAUUAUUAUUAUUAUAGAUGUUCAUUACGAGUAAUCUCUCGCUCUUGUCUUUUAAACUUACGCAUGCUAUACAAAAUUUGAAGUUGCUUCGGUAUUUACAGUCAUCAGUGUGACUCAAUGAGAAUACGAAGUAUUUGAGAUAUCUACUUCUUACUUAUUUACUCCGUCGAUAUUUUAUUUGUUCGUUACGCAUGUAGCGGAGAACGACGGAACAACUUUAUAUUCCCUCUCUCGAGAUAUCUCCAAUCUCUUCGUGCGCUGCGUAGCUUUUUAUCGCUCGUGUGUGUAUUUUAGAACGUUUAUAUUUCUUUUGUAUGUAUAUAAGAAAGGCGCAUUAUAUAUAAGAGAGAAGAAUUGUUUGUAAAUACAAGCAUAAUUGUAUAAAAUAA